AUCCUGCUCGAUUUUCGUUGAAGGAUCUACUGCACGAGGAAUCUCUUGUUCUAGUCCCGCGUAACACACCAUCGCGAUGUUUGAACCCGUCAGAGGAGGGACCCGAGGAGGACAAGCCGAGUUCAAGUGGUCAGAUGUCUCACAGGACAAGGACCGUGAGAACUACCUGGGGCAUAGUAUCAACGCACCCGCCGGACGAUGGCAGAAGAACAAGGACAUCCACUGGUACCAGCGAGACAAUCGCGACGACGAGGCAGAAAGACGAGAAGAGAUUAAGCGAGUAAAAGAACAGGAGGCGGAGGCCUUGGCUGCUGCGUUAGGAUUCGCCACCGGCGCCAAGCCUGGCACCUCCGGUGCUGUCGCAGGUCCAGCAACAGGUGCGAACGCCGUCGCCGUGCCGCCGGCUACGGCAUCCACCUCCGAGGGUGAUCUGGAGAAAGAAGAGAGGCGGAAGCGAAAGGCUGAACGGAAGGAGGAGAAGAGGGCGAAGAAAGAGGAGAAGAAGAGGCGGAGGGCUGAGCGGGAGGACGAGGAGCACAGCGGCAGGCGGCGCCCCGGCCUGUCACGGUCGCGCUCUCCGCGCAGACGGCCCCGGGAGUACGACCAUCGCUCGCGGAGCCGGCAGCGGUCGAGGACGCCUGUGAGGCCGGAGCGCGACGCGAGUCCGUACGGUGAUGUAGCGCGCGAGAGGGAGCGAGAGCGAGACCGGCGGCGCUGGAGCGACCAUGCUCGACGCGAGCGGGCUGGCGCGCGGUGGGGGCGUGAUUAAUCACCGGCGACUUGACCCUCGGACGACACGGGCUGUUGCGGAUGCUUCUGCAUGUUUCAUUAGACAUCUCC